UGUGUUCUGUUAUAGUCACUGAGUCUAACCCAACACAGGGGCCAGGGAUCCUGCUGUGUGGUUUACACAGGACACGGCCAAGCUUGCAUAUUCAUCAUGUAGCUCUGGGUUUCUGUUAAAAAUCUUUUUGCCGUUACCAGUCAGCCUUACAACCUUCAGCCCCUCUAUUACCUGGACAUCUCGCUAUUAGAUAUACUGCCCAUUGUAACAAGACAUGCCUACAUGUUACGUUUUAACAACCAGUGCUUUUUCUUCUGUUUCUUGAUAGCAACUGCUUCUUGGGAUACGUUUCUCAUGCUAUGGAGUUUCAGGCCACAAGCUAGAGCUUUCAGAUACGUGGGUCACAAGGACGUUGUAACGAGCGUGCAGUUUUCUCCACUUGGAAACUUACUGGCAUCUGCUUCACGAGACAGAACUGUUAGACUCUGGAUUCCUGAUAAGAGAGGGAAAUCCUCUGAGUUUAAAGCCCAUACAGCUCCAGUUCGAAGUGUGGACUUUUCCUCUGAUGGCCAGUUUCUAGCUACGGCUUCUGAAGACAAAUCCAUCAAAGUAUGGAGCAUGUAUCGCCAGCGCUUCUUAUAUUCCUUGUACCGGCAUACACACUGGGUACGCUGUGCCAAAUUUUCACUUGAUGGAAGACUAAUUGUGUCAUGUAGUGAGGAUAAAACUAUUAAAAUUUGGGAUACCACGAGUAAGCAGUGUAUCAGUAACUUCUCAGAUUCUGCAGGGUUUGCAAAUUUUGUGGAUUUUAGCCCUAAUGGUACAUGCAUAGCUUCAGCAGGUUCUGAUCAUACUGUGAAAAUCUGGGAUAUAAGAUUGAACAAAUUACUCCAGCAUUAUCAAGUUCACAGCUGCGGAGUUAAUUGUUUAUCAUUCCAUCCUUCGGGUAACUAUCUCAUCAGUGCUUCUUCAGAUGGUACACUUAAGAUCCUGGAUCUAUUAGAAGGAAGGCUCAUAUAUACACUUCAAGGACAUACGGGACCUGUCUUUACUGUUUCAUUUUCAAAAGGUGGAGAGCAGUUUUCAUCAGGAGGUGCGGAUGCACAGGUUUUAUUAUGGAGAACUAACUUUGAUGAACUGAAUUGUAAAGAUAUUAUUAAAAGAAAUAUCAAAAGAUUACAUAUAGAUUCACCACCACAUCUUUUUGACAUCUAUCCAAGAACACCACAUUGCCAUGAGGGGAAAAUUGACAGUGUUGAAAUUAAUCCAAAGCUUGAAGUAAUCGACUUGCAGACCUCUACUCCCCCUAUUGUGGACAUCCUUUCUUUUGAUUCUACCACAGCAACGGAAACUAUUGUUAGAACUGUACCAGAAAAGGGUGAAGAGCUGUGCAGGUAUUUCUUGAAUCCUUCUUUAAUGCCAUCGGAAUAUGCAUCAACAACCUUGAAAAAGAAAACAGAAGACGUGAGUGACCUCCCUUCUGAGAGUCAAAGAAGCAUACCACUCGCUGUGACUGAAGCUUUGGAGCACAUUAUGGAUCAGCUCAACGUUCUGACACAGUGUUUGGUUUACAGCUCUUCACUCUGAAGAUAUUCUGGCUCUCCGGUACAUGCUUGCCCUCAUUCCAAAGCUCCGUACACUGAUGCUGUGUUCUCCUGGAGCCGGUGGGUUUUGCAUUCCUGUUUCAGAAUCCUACCUAGCCCUUUGAUGUCAGCUUUCCUUUGCAAAGAAGGAAUACCAUGGAUGUUAAUACACCAAAGGUCUUCCAACUCUUGGUCAGGGGGUAUAGGUGUCAUUUCAGGGAAGUGGUGUGUUGAAAUGGAUACACCAAAGGUUUCUCUUCCAGCUUUGCAGGGUCAGUGUUUCCUUUGAAGAAGUUUUCUCUUAUUCCUCUUUGAUAUAUGGACCGAGAACACCAAUAUUCGUCAGAGUGACAUUGUCACAGUUAUACAGAGAGAGAGACUAUAAUGUAAUCUAGAGAGACAUCAGUUAUUUUUCCAGAAAAAUAUUUCAAGUUGAAAUAGCUCUUGCAUAGAAAUAACCUAAUGCUGUUCUCAGCCCUGGCUGUACAUUAUAAUCACCUGGGCAGUUCUGCAGCAUUCAGAUGUCCCGUUCUCAUCUCCAGAGAAUUCAUUGAUUUUGGCCUGGGAUAAGGCGCUGGCAUGGGUCCGUCAGUCACCCCAUAUGCUUUUGUGUUAGAGCCACUAAGUACAGGGUAAAACAUUCAACUCCAUGCGAGAUUUAGUUUUCGUUGGCUUGUUUCCCACGUUGCCGUGGCUGCCUCAGCUGCGCGCUCGCGUGCGAUGUUGGGCCCUCGUGACGUCUCCCACGUGAAUCUUUCUCCACUCUUUCAGCUUCAUGACCCAUUUCUCCUUCCUUUUACCUGAUUCACAGAUAAAUGAAUCACUUUAAGCUUUAUUGAAUGUCUCUGUGAUUUUUUAUCUUUAAUUUUUAAUAGCUGGCUGGCUUUUACAUAUGAAAGUGGUUAAAAGCAGGCACAGCGCACUUUCAGAACGGGAACAGCGAACCCUCGGGCCAGCGCCCAGUAACGCGGACGCCUUCUGAUUCACCCUCAUCACAGAUGACUGGGCCUCUGACUCGGCUGCAGUGUUAAUAACUGUCGUUACUGAACUGUAAUUAGAAAUAAAUUAAAUGAAAUUAUGUUUUAGAUGGUAGAUAAUGGAGCCAACCAGUGUUAAAAGUGUUGAUAAUAUUCUUAACAGCUUUAGCAUGCGGGAUUGUGAUACUGUUUGUAAAAUAUCUGGCAAAAUGCUCGACCCAUUGUAGGCACUCAAGAAAUGGCAGAAUAUAUUACCAGCGUCAGUUAUUUUUAAUUUGUCAUUAUUAGUAGUAUCAAAUAUGAACGCAAAAGUGAUUAAAUAAUGACAUUUUAAAAAAUUGGUUACCUUCGGAGGAUGUUAGGACAUUAAUUCAUUGUCUUGAAACUUGCUGACUAAAAUAACCAAGUAUUUGUUCUGCCUUUCCCCUAGGAACUCUACCACUGGGUAACCAAGUAGUAGAUGAGGGAAAUGUCUCCUAUUUAGAAAUUAUUCUAAUAUAGUUUUAAUGAUGGAAUUAGAAUAUCAUCACUAACAAUCCCUAGGCAUUAAUAGAUCUUGGCAUUGAGUAGUUACUAACCUCAUGAAAAGAGAAAUGACCAAACCUUAUUAAUGUGGCUUCCAGUGAAGGAAUAGACCACUAUUUAUCAUCUUACCUAGGGAUCUAAUCUAAGUCUUAUCAGACUUUGAAUCCAGCUGCCAACUGACAGAACAUAAGGAGGGUGGAGGAGCAGACUGCACCGUACCGGAGUGCGCCCUUCCCAGAGUCCAGGCUAGUGGGAACUCUGCAUUCAAAUGGCCCGAGCCUGGCCGCAGACAACAUAUAAAAAAAGGAAGGGAAGGGAUAGGAGCCUGUUGGUUAAAAAAGACUUUAAAUGGCACAUCAGCCCUUGAAAAUGGGUAAGACAAAAUUCUACUGUGUAGGGAUGUACAUGUGAAAGGUUAAAUGAUAAAGAAAUUCAGGAAGUGACUCCUGUCAUGGUCAGAAUAGUCACUGUUAGGGGCGGGCGGGAGUGGUGAUUCUGACGGAUACAGGGAAAGGCGGGCAGAGUUCUAGGGCUUGACCUGGGUGCUGAUUAGGAGUGUUUUUCUCAUGAGAAUUAAUUGUGACGUGUUUUAUGCAGCUUCCUGAAUCUGUUUUAUUUUAUAAUAAAAGUGUUUUUUUUAAGAUGUAAAAGACUGAAGAUGAAGUCGGCAUCAACAAAAAAUUAGUUUCUCCAAAUUUAAGAGUAGUCGUGUGUCUGUGCAUGUGUGUAGUCAUGUACGUAUUUAUUAGCUGAAGGCGUUAGACUAGCUAAGAUUCAUCCUAUCCUGUGUGCCAGGCGCUCGCUGAAGCAUUUUCCAUGCGUCAUUUCACUCAGCCUUCCUAAGAACCCUUUGAAGUGCUAUAAUCAUCUCUUGGGCGUGAGAACUGGUAGAAAUCAUUUUGAUAUUUUCAAAAUAAAUUAGGUGUCCAGCCAUAUAGGGUGAUAUAGAUAUGAUCUAUCAUAGAUUGGGUGCAAUAGAAUGACAAACGAUGACAUUAAAGUGGCACCUGGGAUGGGCAUGUGACACUGCCCCCAUCCCCGCUCCCCACACGCCCACGUGGCUCGUGGCACCACCCAGAUUGCCGCAGGUGGCCUCUUCCCUGGCACUGGUGCUCUGGAAGAGCAGACAUCAGAACUGUCUACAGAGGCCUGUUCUUUUAUUCUAUUUUUCCUCGGAUGCAUCAGGGUGUGGGUUUUUUCCUUUUUUCUUUUUCUUUUCUUCAAACUGCUUGACAGUGCUUUGCCCUGGGGUAGGGCACAGAAACAGAGCAAGUUCU